AUGGAGACUGCAGACUACAGUGCCUCAAGAUCAAAGGGAUCACUUGGAAGUAUCUUCUCUGCUCUGCGCAGAGAAACCUCAAGCCAAACAGGCAACUGGGCUGGAUACGGAAAAUUGGUGCAAGGGGGGAAGGUUCAGGCUGUGAUGGCUUUUCCUCCUGAAGUGAAGCAGAGAACAGAGGAUUACAUCUCCAACCUUCAAGCUCUAAAGCAAUUCAAAGUGGAUGUGACUCUAGAUCCAGACACGACAGGUCCUGAAGUCAUCCUCUCUGAAGAUCUGAAAAGUGCCAGAUGGGGAAAACCAAGUAGAGAGAUGCCUGACUGUCCUGAGAGAUUUGAUAGUGGUCCAUGCAUGCUGGGCCGUGAGGGAUUCAUCUCGGGGAGACAUUACUGGGAGGUGGAGGUGGAUGGGAGGUUCUGGACUGUGGGGAUUGCCAGAGAGUCUGUGAGAAGAAAGGGACACUCCAUCUUUAUACGUGACUUGGGGAUCUUGGGUUUGCGGAAGUAUGAGAUACUUUGUGUGGCUCUCACUAGCCCUUCUAAUACUUUUGUUCCUCUAGAGAAGAUCAGCAAGGAAAUUGGUGUCUAUCUGGACUAUGACUUGGGCCAGUUGUCAUUUUAUGAUCUUAAAAAUGAGAAGCUGAUUUUUGCUUUCCCACAGGUUUCUUUCAAUGGGGAGAAAGUCUUCCCUUACUUCAGCAUACUGCUGUCUCAAAUAAAACUGUCCCCCAAUGGAUGACAUGUAUCUCUGACUUGAAGGAACUGGAUUCUCUCAUCUUUGGAAUCACAGUCUCUAUGACCCUGGAAGAAGAGAGUAUUUUUGCAAGGCCUCUCCUAGCUUAUAUGUUCCUAGCAUCUGUGUUAGGUUGGAGAACCUCUUUCCUGAAGAAUUACUGACUUUCAGUCUCAGAUCACAGUGUGUGGCUCUUGGGAGAGUGGACUGUUCUUGUCUGGUGUUGUGGAACUUCUCCUCAUUUAGAGUCUAUGAAGCUAUGAGAUGUCUGUGUUUCUUUAGAUUCCCUGCUUGCUUUGCUGGAGUGCAGAGUAAGGAAUAUUUUAAUGGCACAAAUUAAGGAAGGAAAAUCCUGAGUGAAAAUUAUGUCAUCAUUAUCAAUAUGGCACCAGCUGUGAAUGUAGGCCACACAAGGCAGAACAUAAAUUAAAAGACUGAAGGACUAAAGUUCUGUGGAAGACAGUGAAGUGCAUCAGAAUAUUUGGGAUACGUGCACGAGCAGCCUGGAAUGUAGGACCAAGCCUGAAACAAUAGAUGCUCAGGAGAUGCUGUAAUUGAAUAUGUUCAUUAGUCAGAAAAUUGUAAAGCUGCAUGGCACCAAACAUGACUGAUCAUAAUGAAAGCAUGUAGAAUGCUACAUGUAGCAUGUACAGAGCAGCAGAGCUCAUCAGAACAUCUGGGAUCUGUUCAAGAACACCCAGAAACAGACUCAGUACAAACAAGUAAUUGAAUAAGUUAAUUCAUCAGGAAAUUGGAAAGGUGCAACCAGGUAUAAUAUUCAUUAAAAAAAUUAUUAAGAUGAUUAGUCAGCAGAUCAUAAUACGCAAUGAUGUGGACUUGAUGUAAGCAUUUCAAAUAUAUUAAAAGAGUAGAACAGAAAUGCACUUUGGACUUGUGUUUAAUCGUGUUUGAUCACCUGGCUGAUAGUGUGAAUAAAGACUACAUGAAGCUUA